AUGUACGAGAUGGAGACAUUCCGUGAGCGCACAUUAGCAAAUCGCUAUCAGCCGCGUCAGCACCUCCCGCCAAACUUUCCCGGCGUUCUGAAGGAAUACGCCCGCGAAGUGCUCCGUGCCCAGCCAGAUGACGUGCUACAGUGGAGCGCGAACUACUUCAAGCAGCUGGCGCUCGAAACUGACCCUCUGCAGGCGCGACAGCCACCACCGGAGCACUACACGGCCAUUGUGGAGGAUGAGGAGCGUGAGGUGCUUCUGCAGCGCCUCACCAAGAUGUUUGCGGGACUUGACACGGAGAGUACUGACACUCUGCCCAUGCAAACCAUCAAGCAGGCGCUGCUGGAGUCGUGUGGCCUGACGCCAUCGCAGGUGCUGUACACCCUGACAUCCACGUCAGUAGCAGAGAGCGACAUGGUAGACUAUAAAGCCUUCGCCAGCGAGGCGGUUCGUGCGGUUCAAUUCUUCCAAAAAUCGAAACACGAGUUUGAAGUAAGUGACCUCGAAGACGCCACCGUGCACGGUCUGUCAAGGCGCGAUGUCGAGCAGGAGUUCCUGCGCAUCUUCCGCUAUGUUGACGAGGCGGGUACUGGACUCCUCCCCAUCGAACAGUACCAGCAUGCCCUCGCCAACGCGCCCUAUCACCUCACGAACCGUGACUUACGGUUGCUCCGCAUUGAAGCGGUGCGGAACUCUACGGAUGAGGUGGACUACGAGGCGGAGCUUGCCUACAUGUUCGACCGGCUUUUGCUCGCAGAACAGUUCUUCCUCUUUGACGAGGAGUCGUGA